AUGGCUCCCCGCUCCCAGCUUGAGAUUGUUACCUCUUCGGUCACCCGCUUGGUGAAGGAGGAGGCUUCCUACCACCGUGAGCUGGAGCAGCAGAUUGAGCGGAUCAAGAAGCUCGAGUCUAAUCAAGACGGUGAUGACGAGAACAAGGAGUUCCUCGCCAAACAGGAGAAUAUGGCUAUGGAAGAGACAAAGAAGGUCCUGCCUUCUCUCAACCAGAAGAUUGUUGACUCCGUGAAGGAGCUGGAGGCCCUGAUUGCCGAGGAGAGCCAGAAGGGUACUGAGAGCAAUGCGGCACACAUCACCGCUGCCCAGGAGGCUAUUGCUAAGGCCAAGACAGCCGAGCGCUAA